UGGGGCUGCAUUGAGUACCUUCCUGCUCUGCUCCUCUGCACCUCCUGGAGCCGGCAGCUGGGCCCUGGGGACAGGGGCUCCAGGCCACUCUUCUUGGGUACCCUCCUCCGCCAGAGGGGUACAGGAGUGUCCCACCAUGACUCUUGCCUUGCUGGGUCUGGCCAUCCUGGUGCUCCAUCGUGUGACCUGUGAGAAAGCCCUGGAACGAACCAUCUCCCCGUCGGCUUGGCGCUUCACCCAUUCCCUGUACAACGCCACCAUCUAUGAAAACUCUGCUCCCAAGACGUACGUAGAGAGCCCCGUGAAGAUGGGCAUGUACCUGGCAGAGUCCCAGUUGGCGGUGAGGUAUAGGAUCAUCUCCGGAGAUGCGGCUGGUGUGUUCAAGACUGAGGAGUAUGUGGUGGGCAACUUCUGCUUUCUGAGAAUCAGAACCAAGGGCAGCAACACGGCGCUGCUGAACAGGGAGGUGCAGGACAGCUACACACUCAUUGUACAAGCCUCAGACAAGAAUCAGGAGCUGGAAGCCCUGACCCGUGUAGUGGUCCACAUCCUGGACCAGAACGACCUGAAGCCCCUCUUUUCCCCUCCUUCCUACAGAGUCACCAUCUCUGAGGAUGUGCCCCUCAAGAGCCCUAUCUGCAAAGUAACAGCUACGGACGCCGACCUGGGCCAGAACGGAGAGUUCUAUUAUGCCUUUAAUGCCAGGUCAGACGUGUUUGCUCUCCAUCCCACCAGUGGGGUGGUCACCGUGGCCGGGAAGAUGAACAUUACCUGGCGAGGGAAAUAUGAGCUCCAGGUGCUGGCUGUGGACCGCAUGCUAAAAAUCUCGGAGGGCAAAGGGUUUGGCAACUUGGCCUCGCUGGUUGUUCACGUGGAGCCUGCACCUAAAAAGCCCCCAGCCAUCACCUCAGUGGUCCUGACUCCACCAGAUGGUGAUGAAGAUGCCCCCUAUGCCACUGUCCUGGUGGAUGCAAACGACUCAGGAGCUGAAGUGGAUUCCCUGGAGGUAGUUGGUGGUGACCCUGGAAAGUUCUUUAAAGCCAUCAGGUCCUACGCCCGGGGCAACGAGUUCAAUCUGGUAUCAGUCAAGGACAUUAACUGGGCCGAGCACCUUCAGGGCUUCAACCUCAGUCUCCGGGCCCGGAGUUGGAGCAGAACUUCCUCCCAGUCCUCCAUCAGGGCCUUCCACCUCCCUCCCCCUAUGCUGCCCUACCUCAGAUUUGAGAAGGCCAUUUACAGAGUAAAGCUCAGUGAGUUCUCCCCUCCUGGAAGUCGCGUGGUGCUGGUAAAGGUCACCCCAGCCCUGUUCGCUCUACGCUAUGCUCUGAAGCCAUCCCCCGGGAGCUCGGCCUUCAAGCUGAAUGCUCACACAGGCCUCAUCACCACCACGAAGCUUGUGGACUUCCAUGACCAAGCCCAGUACCAGCUCCAUGUGAGAGCCUCCCCAGGCCCAGCCACCACCAUGGUGAUCAUUGACAUAGUGGACUGUAACAACCAUGCCCCUGUCUUCAACAGGUCUUCCUAUGACAGCACCUUGGAUGAGAACAUCCCUCCAGGCACCAGCAUUUUGACUGUGACAGCCACAGACUGGGAUCACGGGGAUAACGGACAUGUCACCUAUGCCAUCGCUGGCCCCAAGGCUGUGCCGUUCUCUAUUGACCCUUACCUGGGGGUCAUCUCCACCACCAAACCUAUGGACUAUGAACUCAUGAAAAGGAUCUAUACCUUCAGGGUACGGGCAUCAGACUGGGGGUCCCCUUUUCGCCAGGAGAAGGAGGUGUCAGUUUCGCUGAGACUCAAGAACUUGAAUGACAACCAGCCUAUGUUUGAGGAGGUCAACUGUACAGUAUCCCUUCGCCAAGACACACCAGUUGGGAAAUCAAUCAUGGCCAUGUCUGCCAUCGACGUGGAUGAGCUUCAGAACCUAAGAUAUGAGAUUGUGUCUGGCAACGAACAGGAGCAUUUUCAUCUGAACCAUUUCUCCGGGGUCAUAUCCCUCAAACGUUCACUGAUGAAUCAUACUGCUGGUUGGCCCAGGAGCUAUUCCCUGAAGAUUACAGCCUCGGAUGGCAGGAAUUAUGCCUCCCCCACAACCCUGAAUGUCACUGUGGUGAAGGACUCUCACUCUGAGGUCCCUGUACAGUGCGAUAAAACUGGGGUGCUGACCCAUUUCACAAAGACCAUCCUCCACUCUGUUGGGCUUCAGGACCAGGAGUUGGAGGAAGAGGAAUUUGCCUCCCUUAGCAACUAUCAGAUCAACCAUCAUGCCCCCCAGUUUGCAGACCACUUCCCCCAGUCCAUUGACAUAGUGGAGCAGGUUCCCAUCAACACCCUCUUGGCCCAUCUGGCAGCCACUGACCCUGACACUGGCUUUCCUGGCAAACUGGUCUAUGUGAUUCCAGAGGGCAAUGAAGAGGGUUGUUUUGACAUUGAGCUGGAGACGGGGCUGCUCACCGUAGCAGCGGCAUUGGACUAUGAGACCACCAACUUCUAUGUCCUCAAUGUGACCGUGUAUGACCUGGGCACUCCUCAGAAGUCCUCCUGGAAGCUGCUGACGGUGACUGUGAAUGACUGGAAUGAUAACCCACCCAGGUUUCCUCCAGGUGGGUACCAGCUCACUGUCUCCGAGGACACAGAAGUUGGAACCACAAUCGCAAAACUACAGACAGAAGAUGCCGACUCAGAGGACAACUCAAGGGUUCGAUACACCCUGCUAAGCCCCACAGAGAAGUUCUCUCUCCACCCUCUCACUGGGGAGCUGGUUGUCACAGGACACCUGGACCGGGAAUCAGAGCCUCGGUACAUACUCAAGGUAGAGGCCAGGGACCAGCCUAGGAAGGGCCACCAGCUCUUCUCUGUCACUGACUUGAUCAUCACACUGGAGGAUGCCAAUGAUAACCCGCCCCAGUGCAUCAUGGAACACGGCAGCCUGAAAGUCCCUGAGGAUCUGCCCCCUGGGACUAUCUUGACCUUCCUGGAUGCCUCUGACCCUGACCUGGGCCCUGCAGGGGAAGUGAGAUUUGUCCUGGUGGAUGACAUUCAUGGAACUUUCCGGUUGGACCCAGUGACUGGAGCUCUGAGUCUGGAAAGGGAGUUGGACUUUGAGAGGCGGGCUGGCUACAACCUGAGCCUGUGGGCUCGUGACAGUGGGCAGCCCCUGGCCCGCAGGACUCUCUGCCACAUGGAGGUGCUGGUCCUGGAUGUAAAUGAGAAUCUCCACGCACCCCGCUUCGCCUUCUUUGUUCAGCAGGGCCAGGUGCAGGAGAACAGCCCCGCAGGGACUCAGGUGAUGCUGGUCACGGCCCAUGAUGAUGACGGUGGCUUGGAUGGGGAGCUCCAAUACUUCCUAAGGGCAGGCACUGGGCUGGACAGCUUCAGCAUCAACCAGGAAACAGGAAUGAUUGAGACCCUGGCACCUCUGGACCGAGAAUUCGUACCCUACUACUGGCUGACGGUAUUGGCUGUGGACAAGGGCUCUGUACCCCUCUCUUCUGUCACUGAAGUCUACAUUGAGGUUACGGAUGUCAACGACAACCCACCUCGGCUGUCCAGACCUGUGUUCUACCCUUCUAUCCCUGAGGAUGCACUCUUGGGUGCCUCUGUGCUUCAGCUGGAUGCCUGGGACCCAGAUUCCAGCUCCCAAGGGCAGCUGACCUUCAACCUCACCAGCGGGAACCACAUGGGGUUCUUUACCAUUCAUCCGUUCACAGGCCUCCUGUCUACUGCCUGGCAGCUGGACAGGGAGAAGAAGGAUGAGCACAUCCUGGAGAUCAAGGCAACAGACAGUGGGCAGCCAGCACUCUCCACCAGCGUCCGGCUACACAUUGAAUGGAUCCCUCGGCCUCAGCCAUCCUCCAUCCCACUGUCCUUCGAUGAGCCCCAUUACAGCUUUACCAUCAUGGAGACGGAUCCCGUGAACCACAUGGUGGGAGUCAUCAGGUCUGUCUGCUCUUUCCCAACUCCCACUCCAGGCGGGGACAAGGACAUGGACUUUGACAUAGAGAAGACUACGGGCAGCAUCAUCAUCGCCAGGCCUCUGGAUACAAGGAGAAGGUCGACCUACAACUUGACCGUGGAGGUGACAGAUGGGUUCCACACCAUUACCACACAGGUCUACAUCUUCAUGAUCGCCAACAUCAACCACCACCGGCCCCAGUUCCUGCAGGAUCAUUAUGACGUCAGGGUCCCCCAAGACACAUUGCCUGGGGUGGAGCUCCUCCAAGUCCAGGCCACAGAUCAAGACAAGGGCAAGGGCCUCAUUUAUACCAUCCAGGACAGCCAAGACCCUGGAAGUGCCAGUCUCUUCCAACUGGAUCCGAUCAGUGGAGUCCUGGUAACAGUGGGGAGACUGGACCUGAGCUCGGGACCCUCUCAGCACAUACUGACCGUUAUGGUCCGAGACCAAGAGAUACCCAUCAAGAGGAACUUUGUGUGGGUGACCAUUCACGUGGAGGAUGGAAACCUCCACCCGCCCCACUUUACUCAGCCUCAUUAUGAGGUGAGUGUUCCUGACACCACUGUCCCAGGCACAGACCUGCUGCAGGUCCGAGCUGUGGAUGCCGACCGGGGAGCCAAUGCCGAGGUCCGGUACUCUUUUAUGAAAGGGAACAGUGAAGGUUUCUUCAACAUUGAUGCCCUCCUGGGCAUCAUCACGGUAGCUCAGAAACUUAAUCGGGUCCGCCAUGCCCGGCAUACAUUGACUGUGAAGGCAGAAGAUCAAGGCUCCCCACGGUGGCAUGACCUGGCCACGGUGGUUGUUCAGAUCCACCGCUCAGACAGCAGUGCUCCCAUCUUCUCAAAAGAUGAGUACUUCAUCGAGAUCCCAGAAUCGAUCCCCGUUGGUGCCCCCAUCCUCCUUGUCUCUGCCACAAGCUCUUCCGAAGUCACCUAUGAGCUGAGGGAGGGGAACAAAGAUGGCGUGUUCUCCAUGAACUCCUAUUCUGGCCUUGUCUCCACCCAGAAGAACUUAGACCAUGAGAAAAUCUCAUCCUACGAGUUGAAGAUCCGAGGCAGCAACAUGGCGGGUGCGUUCACCGACGUCUUACUGCUUAUCUACAUCAUCGAUGAGAACGACAGUGCACCCACGUUCUUAAAGCCGACUUUCGUGGGCCAAGUCAGUGAGGCUGCACCCCUGCACAGCAUGAUCCUGGCCGAGGACAACAGCCCCCUGGUGAUCCGUGCCUCAGACAGAGACCAGGAAGCUAAUUCCUUGUUGGUCUAUAAAAUUUUGGAGCCAGAGGCCUUAAAGUUUUUCAAAAUUGACCCCAACAUGGGGACCUUAACUAUCGUAUCAGAAAUGGAUUAUGAGAGCACACCUUCUUUCCAAUUCAGCGUUUACGUCCAUGACCAAGGGACCCCCAUCUUGUUUGCACCCAGGCCUGCCAAGGUCAUUAUCCAUGUCCGAGAUGUGAAUGACUCUCCUCCCAGGUUCUCAGAGCAGAUCUACGAAGUAGCAGUCUCAGGACCCAUCCACCCGGGCAUGGAGCUCCUCACGGUGCAGGCCAAGGAUGAGGAUUCAGAAGUCACCUACAGCAUCAAGAUGGGGGAUGCUGACGGAGCUGUUGCCCUUCACCCCAUCACAGGUCGCAUAUCUGUGGUGGAUCCUGCUCUUCUGGGGCUCUCACGGAAGCUCACCGUUAGGGCUUCUGAUGGCCUGCAUCACGACAAUGCACUGGUAAAAAUAUCAGUGACCCAGGUCCUUGACAAAAGCUUACAGUUCGAUCAGGAUAUCUAUAGAGCAUGUGUAAGGGAAAACACUCAGCACAGAACAGCGCUGCUGAUUCCUGGUGUCCAUGGGAACCACUUGAAUGACACCCUUUCCUACUUCCUCCUGAAUGGCACGGAUUUAUUUCACAUGGUCAAGUCGGCAGGUGUGCUGCAAACCAGAGGAGUAGCCUUUGACCGGGAACAGCAGGACACUUACGAGGUGGCAGUGGAGGUGAGGGACAACCGGGUCCCUCAGCGGAUGGCUCAGGCUCUGGUGAAGGUCUCUGUUGAGGAUGUCAAUGACAACCCACCUGAGUUUAAACAUCUGCCUUAUUACACAGUCAUCCAAGAUGGCACCGAGCCAGGGGAUGUCCUCUUCCAGGUAUCUGCCAUUGAUAAGGACUUGGGUGCCAACGGGACAGUCACAUAUGCUUUUGCAGAGGAUUAUGCAUAUUUCCGGAUUGACCCCUAUGUUGGAGACAUAUCACUCAGGAAGCCCUUUGAUUAUCAAGCUUUGAAUAAGUAUCGCCUCAAGGUCAUUGCUAGAGAUGCAGGAACCCCAUCCCUACAGACUGGGGAAGAAGUACUUGUCACUGUCAGAAAUAAAUCCAACCCACUGUUUCAGAGUCCUUACUACAGAGUCAAAGUCCCUGAAAAUAUCACACUCUAUACUCCAAUUCUUCACACGCAGGCUCGGAGUCCUGAGGGACUGAGGCUUAUCUAUAACAUUGUUGAGGAAGAGCCCUUGAUGCUGUUUACCACUGACUUUAAGACCGGUGUCCUCACAGUGACGGGACCUCUGGACUAUGAGUCUAAGAACAAGCACUUGUUCACAGUGAGAGCCACAGACACAGCUCUGGGGUCAUUUUCUGAAGCCACAGUGGAAGUCUUGGUUGAAGACAUCAAUGACAACCCUCCUGCCUUCCCCCAGCUGGUAUACACCGCCUUGGUUUCUGAGGGCUUACCUGCUCAGACCCCUGUGAUCCAACUGUUGGCCUCUGACAAAGACUCAGGACAGAAUCGAGAUAUCUCCUAUCAGAUCGUGGAGGAUGGCUCAGAGGUUUCCAAGUUCUUCCAGAUCAAUGGGAGCACGGGGGAGAUGUUCACGGUCCAAGAGCUGGAUUAUGAAGCCCAACAACACUUUCAUGUGAAAGUCAGGGCCACGGAUAAGGGAGAUCCCCCACUCACUGGUGAAACGCUUGUGGUUGUCAAUGUGUCUGACAUCAAUGACAACCCCCCAGAGUUCAGAGAACCUCAGUAUGAAGCCAAUGUCAGCGAAUUAGCAACUUGUGGACACCUGGUUCUUAAAGUCCAAGCUCUCGACCCUGACCUCGGGGACACCUCCCGCCUGGAGUACCUGAUUAUUUCUGGCAAUCAGGACCGGCACUUUUCCAUCAACAGCUCAUCAGGAAUAAUUUCUAUGUUCAACCUUUGCAAAAAGAAACUGGACUCUGCUUACAACUUGAGGGUGGGUGCUUCCGAUGGUGUCUUCAGAGCGACUGUGCCAGUGUAUAUCAACACCACAAAUGCCAACAAGUAUGGCCCCAAGUUCCAGCAGCACAUCUAUGAGGCUGAGCUAGCGGAGAAUGCAAAGGUGGGAACGAAGGUGAUCGAGUUGCUAGCCAUAGACAAAGACAGCGGUCCCUAUGGCACUGUGGACUACACCAUUAUUAAUAAACUAGCAGGCGAAAAGUUCUCCAUAAACCCCAGUGGUCAGAUCACCACUCUGCAGAAACUAGAUCGGGAAAAUUCAACAGAAAGGGUCAUUGCUAUUAAGGUCAUGGCAAGGGAUGGAGGGGGCAAAGUGGCCUUCUGUGCAGUGAACAUCAUCCUCACAGAUGAAAAUGACAAUGCUCCCCAGUUCAAAGCAUCUGGGUACACAGUCUCCAUCCCAUCCAACGUCAGUAGAGACUCCCCUGUCAUCCAGGUGCUGGCUUACGAUGCGGACGAAGGUCAGAAUGCAGAUGUCACCUAUUCAGUAGACUCGGCCAAGGACCUGGCUGAAGAGAUCGUUGAAGUCAACCCAAUGACUGGUGUGGUCAAGGUGAAAAAGAGCCUGGUGGGUCUGGAAAACAGGACUGUUAACUUCAACAUCAAAGCCCAGGAUGGAGGUCCUCCACACUGGGACUCUCUGGUACCUGUACAACUACAGGUGGUUCCUAAUGAGGUAUCUUUGCCCAAGUUUUCUGAACCUCUGUAUACUUUCUCUGCAUCUGAAGACCUUCCAGAAGGUUCUGAAAUUGGGUUUGUGAAAGCAGUUGCAGCUCAAGAUCCUGUCAUCUACAGUCUGGUCCAGGGCACCACGCCUGAAAGCAACAGGGACGGCGUCUUCUCUUUGGACCAAGAUACUGGGGUUCUGAAGGUGAGGAAAGCCAUGGACCGUGAAUCUACCAAAUGGUACCAGAUUGAUCUGAUGGCACAUUGCCCACACGAGGACACCGACUUAGUGUCCUUGGUGUCUGUCAACAUCCAAGUAGAAGAUGUCAAUGACAACAGACCUGUCUUCGAGGCUGAUCCGUACAAGGCUUUCCUCACUGAGAACAUGCCUGGGGGGACCACGGUCAUUCAAGUGACUGCCAGUGACCAGGACACUGGGAGUGACGGGCAGGUGAGCUACAGGCUGUCUGUGGAGCCUGGAAGCAACAUCCACGAGCUCUUUGCUGUUGACAGUGAGACUGGCUGGAUCACCACACUCCAGGAACUUGACUGCGAGACCCGCCAGACCUAUCGGUUUUAUGUGGUGGCCUAUGACCAUGGACAGACCAUCCAGCUGUCUUCCCAGGCCCUGGUGGAGGUCUCCAUCACAGACGAGAAUGACAAUGCCCCUCGGUUUGCUUCUGAAGGCUACAGAGGUUCUGUGGUGGAGAGCGGUGAGCCUGGUGAGCUUGUGACCACGCUGAAGACUCUGGAUGCUGACAUCUCUGAGAAGAACAGGCAGGUCACCUGCUAUAUCACAGAGGGAGACCCCCUGGGCCAGUUUGGCAUCAGUCAAGUUGGGGAUGAGUGGAAGAUUUCCUCAAGGAAGAGCCUGGACCGUGAGCACAUUGCUAAGUAUUUACUCAGAAUCACAGCAUCGGACGGCAAAUUCCAGGCUUCAGUCCCAGUGGAGGUCUUUGUCCUGGACAUCAAUGAUAACAGCCCGCAGUGCUCACAGCUUCUCUAUACUGGCAAGGUCCGUGAGGACGUCUCUCCAGGACACUUUAUCUUGAGAGUUUCUGCCACAGAUGUGGACACGGACACCAAUGCUCAGAUCACAUAUUCCCUGCAUGGACCUGGGGCCCAGGAAUUCAAGUUGGACCCUCAUUCAGGGGAGCUGACCACACUCACGACCCUGGACCGAGAGAGGAAGGAUGUGUAUAGCCUUGUUGUCAAGGCAACAGAUGGAGGGGGCGAAUCGUGCCAAGCAGACGUGACUCUCCACGUGGAGGAUGUGAAUGAUAACGCCCCGCAGUUCUUCCCAAGUCACUGUGCUGUGGCUGUCUUCGACAACACCACGGUUAAGACCCCUGUAGCUGUGGUCUUUGCCCGGGAUCCUGACCAGGCUGCCAAUGCCCAGGUAGUCUACUCACUGACGGAUUCUGCCGAUGGCCAGUUCUCCAUCGACGCCACUUCAGGGGUCAUUCGUCUGGAGAAACCCCUGCAGGUCAAACCAAACUCAGUCCUGGAACUCACCGUCCGAGCCUCUGACUUGGGCACCCCGAUACCACUGUCCACCCUGGGCACUGUCACAGUCUCUGUGGUGGGCCUGGAGGACUACCUUCCCGUCUUCCUGAGCACGGAGUACAGUGUGCAGGUGCCCGAGGAUGCACUGAUGGACAAAAGGGUGCUGCAUCUGGCUGCCCUCACACGCCCAGGUGCGGAGAAGGUGGGCUACCGCAUCACAGGCGGGAACGAGCAGGGGAAUUUCCGACUGGAUGCUCGCACAGGGAUCCUGUACGUCAAUGGGAGCCUGGACUUUGAGACAAGUCCCGAGUACCUCCUGUCCAUUGAAUGCAGCCGGAAGAGCUCUUCCGCCCUCAGUGAUGUGACCACCAUAGUGGUCAAUGUCACUGAUGUCAAUGAACACCAUCCCAGAUUCACCCAUGACCUGUAUGGGGCCAAGGUCUUAGAGAAUGCCACUGUGGGUGACGUCAUCCUGACCGUGUCAGCCGCUGAUGACGAUGGGCCUCUGAACAGUGCCAUUACAUACAGCCUGGUAGGAGGGAACCAGCUGGGACACUUCACUGUUCACCCCAAGACGGGGGAGCUGCAGGUGGCCAAGGCGCUGGACAGGGAACAGAUACCCAGCUACUCCCUGCGACUCCGCGCCACAGACAGUGGGCAACCCCCACUGCACGAGGACACAGACGUGGCUGUCCAAGUCAUUGAUGUCAAUGACAACCCACCCAGAUUCUUCCAGCUCAACUAUAGCACAGCUGUCCAGGAAAACUCCCCCAUUGGUGUCAAAGUGCUGCAGCUGAUCCUGAGUGACUCCGACUCCCCAGAGAAUGGGCCCCCCUACUCCUUUCGAAUCACCAAGGGGAAUGCUGGCUCCGUGUUCCGGGUGACUCCAGAUGGAUGGCUGGUGACGGCUGCGGGCCUGAGCAGGAGGGCCCAGGAAUGGUAUCAGCUUCAGAUAGAGGUAUCAGACAGUGGCCUCCCGCCCCUGUCAUCUUCCACGUUGGUCAGUGUCCAGGUCACGGAGCAAAGCAUCCACCCACCCUCCGCCCUUCCCCUAGAGAUCUUCAUCACUGUUGGGGAGGAGGAGUUCCAAGGUGGCAUGGUGGGUAAAAUCCAUGCUACAGAUGGAGACCCCCAGGACACGCUGACCUACAGCCUCAGCCAGGCGGAGAGCCCGGGCAGGCACUUUUCAGUGCGCCCACCCGAUGGCAAGAUUAUCGCCUCCCAGGGGCUGCCUCGUGGCCACUACUCGUUCAACGUCACAGUCAGUGAUGGGACUUUCACCACCACCGCCAGGGUCCACGUCCACGUGUGGCACAUGGGGCAGGAGGCCCUGCAGCAAGCCGUGCGGCUGGGUUUCCACCAGCUCACCCCCGAAGAGCUGGUGAGCGACCACUGGCGUAACCUUCAGAGAUUCCUCAGCAACACCCUGGACAUCAAACGGACCGACAUCCACCUGGCCAGCCUGCAGCCCGCGGAGGCCACGGCUGGGGUGGACGUGCUCCUGGUCUUCAAGGGACAUUCCGGAACCUUCUAUGACCUCCAGGAGCUAGCUUCUAUCAUUGCUCGUUCGGCCAAGGAGAUGGAGCACUCGGUGGGAGUUCAGAUGAGGUCAGCCCUGCCCGUGGUGCCCUGCCAGGGGCCAAGUUGCCAGGAACAAACCUGCCAAGAGACAGUGACCCUGGAGCCCAGGGUGGGACCCACAUACAGCACAGCUAGGCUCAGCAUCCUGACACCACGGCACCGCCUGGGGAGGAACUGCUCCUGCAAUGGUACCGCCGUGAGGUUCAGUGGUCAGAGCUAUGUGCGCUACAGGCCCCCAGGGGCUCAGAACUGGCAGGUCAAUUUCUACCUGAAAACACUCCAGCCACAGGCCCUUCUAAUGUUCACCGAUGAAACAGCAUCCAUUUCCCUGAAGCUGGCCAAUGGCUUCCUCUGGUUGGAAUACCACUGCGCAGGUGGUUUCUACAGGAACUUUUCUACCCUGCGUCCUGUGAAUGAUGGGAAGUGGCACUUCACACUGUUGGAAGAGACGGACACUUCUGUUCAUCUGUUAGUUGAUAAUAUGGACAACACCUCCCUCAUCCUCCCAGAGGGAUGCCGGGAUCGGACGAUGGAGAGACGCCUUCUGUUGGGCGGCCUUGUGCCCUCUCAUCCUCCUUCAAAUGUCUCCCUGGGCUUCGAAGGCUGCCUGGAUGCUGUUGUGGUCAACGGUGAGAGGCUGGAGCUGCUGGGCCUUGGUGAGAAGGCAGUGGACUUGCUGGAGAGACAAGCACUCAGCCAGUGCUGCUGGCCCAGCACUGCCUGCAGCCAGAACCCGUGCCUCAAUGGCGGGAGCUGUGCACCAGCCCCUGAAGCAGGUUACAUCUGCAGGUGCCCCCCUCUGUUGUUUGGGAGGCACUGUGAACUCAGAAAGGAGAACUGCACUUCUGCGCCCUGCCUGGAAGGUGGCCCUUGUACCUCCUCCCCUGAAGGAGCAUCCUGCAACUGCCCUCACCCUCACAUGGGGGACAGGUGUGAGAUGGAGGCCAGGGGCUGUGCCGAGGGACAUUGCCUCAUCACUCCUGAGAUCACGAGGGGGGACUGGGGACAACAGGAGCUGCUGAUCAUCAUAGUGGCCUUGCUGUUGGUCGUUGUCACCACCACCGGGCUUCUCUUGUACUGUCGACGUUGCAAGUCUCACAAGCCAGUGGCCAUGGAGGACCCAGACCUCCUAGCCAGGAGCAUUGGCGUUGACACCCAGGCCAUGCCGGCCAUCGAGCUCGACCCCCUGAGCACCAGCUCCUGCAACAAUCUGAACCAACCAGAGCCCAUCAAGACCUCAGUUCCGAAUGAACUUGUCACUUUUGGAUCCAGCUCCAAGCAACGGCCGAUGGUGUGCAGUGUGCCUCCCAGGCUCCCUCCGGCCGCGGUCUCCUCUCACCCAGACCAUGAGUCUAUCAUCAAGAGAACUUGGUCAGGCGAGGAGCUGGUUUACCCCAGUGGAGCUGCAGUCUGGCCCCCAACUUACUCUCAGAAGCAACCCUGGGAAUAUCCACACCCUGAAGUGACCCAGGGACCUCUGCCACCCUCACCUCACCACUUCGUGGGCCCAGCCAUGAUGCCAGAUACCACGGGCCUUUAUGGAGGCUUCCCUUUCCCCCUGGAGCUGGAGAACAAGCGGGCACCCCUCCCACCCCGUUACAGCAACCAGAACCUGGAGGACCUGAUGCCCCCAAGGCCCCCUAGCCCCCGGGAGCGCCUGCUCGCCCCCCGUCUCAACGAGUACACGGCCAUUAGCUAUUACCACUCGCAGUUCCGCCAGGAAGGAGGUGGACCCCGCCUAGCAGAGGGGGGCUACAAGGGGGUGAGCAUGCGCCUCAGCAGAGCGGGGCCCUCGUAUGCUGACUGUGAAGUAGGCGGUGGACCUGCUGCAGGCCGGGGCCAGCCCCGGGCGCCCCCCAACUAUGAAGGCUCAGACAUGGUGGAGAGUGAUUACGGGAGUUGUGAGGAAGUCAUGUUCUAGCUUCCUGCUCUCAGAGGAAGGCAGCGGGGAGGCCCAGGCCUUCCAGUCCCAUAGGGAGUGAGUUGGGUGUGACUGGGAGUGAGAGAGAAACGCCGCCCCCUCCCAGUCCAGACCAUCUCUAGAAAUGUGCUCUUCCGAUCACCAGCUGGUCCCUGAAGGUGGAGGGAAGCUGAGGGCCCCAGGACGGAGGAUGCCCAGAGCGGUUACCCCGAAUCCCCAGGCACAGCUGCCCUCGGGAUGAGACCCAGGCAGUAUCGGGGCUUUACUACCUCUCGGCCCCAGCAAGAAAGAGCUCUAACCGCUGGUUUCACUUGGCUGGGCCACAGCCCUACAGUUGUCCACUGGCCCACGGAGGGGCAGGCAGGUUUGUACCUAACGGUCAUAACUGCUGAAGAGGGGAGGCCCAGCGUCUUUGGACUGUGAAGGUCCAUGCAGUGACCUCCUAGGGGCUAAGAGCAGCCAGGGAGCAGGUACAGAGUCACCUGAGUAUGUGCAUCAUGUACAUCCGGACGGGCCACAUCUGCCAAGUGUCCCGUCACCACCACGCUGGGCACUGGGGGCAACAGGGCUCUCAGGAGAUGAAUCACUUGGACAUCUAUCCUCUAGAAGUCUUGUUCUUGCGGCCCACUUUCAGAAGGACUUGCUCCACCUCUGAAAAUCCUAGGACUUUCUACCAGUCUGCGCCUGUCGGGAUCUUGCCCCAGACCUUCCGUGUUGAAGAAUUCAGACCUCGCAGAUCGUCGGGUUCUUUGCCCCAAGUUUCCCAGGCACUUUUCAACUCUGGUGUCUGGAUGUGUUUUCCUAAAGGGAGUUUUCUUGUCUAGAUCCAAGGAACUCAGAGCUCCCAUUCAGGGCCAGGCAGAGGUAGGAGCCAGCCAGUGGGCCCAGGCCAGACACCUUGCCCUUCCCUACCCCUUCAUGGCAGAUGCCCCUGCCAAUCAAGUGUUACUCACACUGACUCAACCCUGUGCAUGGGGAGUCAAUGUGGGCAUGCAUUCUACACAUGUGGGCACCCAUGUGUAGAGAGUUAUGUAGCCAGGAGUAGCAGAGACUAGAAGCCGGGCAGGCCUGUGGUGGCCUCAGCACCCCGUUCCCUGCCAGUCCCUCUCUGGUCCGCUGCCUUUUCAUGCGUGUGGCUUCUGGAGUCAGAAGUCAAGGAAGAGCCAUGAGCCUCACAUCCACAGAGCUGGUCACGGUGAAAGGGAAUUGUAUGGAGAGGGGCAUCCAUGUGCACACUUCCCAGCCGCGCAUCACUGUGGGUAUGAGUGACAAGAUUAGCGAUGUGUUGGCCAUUUGUGUGUUGGUAUUUUUUUUUUAACAAUAAAAUAUCUUUUUUACUGUUA